AUGGCGGGAGAAAUGAACAUUCGGACGACUAUAACGGCGGAUUCCGUUCAACGAAUAUUCGGACCGCCCGCCUCUAUUGAUUACAGAUCUCAUCCUGCAGGAGGGGAAACACUUUUGCCCAGUACCGUUUUUCAAGGCAUGAAGGAGAAGGAGAUAGCCCCGUUUGAUAAUAUCAAAAAGCUGAAGGGAACUGUUUACAGCUAUAAGAACAGGAAAAUUAUUACUUGUUGGCUGCGUGAUGUUUGCGCAGCGUUUGAUUUGAAAAGUACAACUUUGUGUCUAUCAAUCCAACUAACAGACGCUUUUAUCACAAAUUCGCUACAGAGUAUUCCUCUUAGUAAAUGUCAAUUAGCAGCUAUAACUUGCUUAUGGGUUGCUGCAAAAUUUGAAGAAAUGGAUGGUGAUUUACCAAAACUUCGAAAGAUUGUUCAUAUAUGUGAUAAGGCAUAUACAGCUCAAGAAAUUUUGGACAUGGAAGAGACAGUUCUAACUUUUUUUAAAUGGCGCCUUCCUCAUACAACCGUAAUUAACCACCUUUAUUUGCAAUUACAUAUGCUGACAAGCAAGGAUCUCGUUAAAACUGGUGACGAGACAAGGGUAAAAGAAAAAAAUGGUCUAAUUUCUCUCAAACUACUCAUUAUGAAAGAUUUCAAUUGGGAAUGGAAGUCUAUGGAAGUAGAUGUGGAGACGAAAUUAAGUGAUACACUUCCAAUGUUUUGCACCAUGUUGGGAAUUCCGGUAUCACAUAACAUUCAAAUGUUUCAACUUUUUGGUGAAAAUCUUUUGGUGGCACGAUGUGUUCCUUUAGAUGUUAUAGUGGGUUCACUGCCCCUUGAUAGCCAAGAUGAGACUCGUUUGUAUUUAUCAAACGGAAGUUUAAAUCUUGUGUUUGUUGAACAUGAUUCCUUUACCCUUUUACGCACCAUAAAUCAAAGAUUUCUAGAUCUUGCUGAAUUGCUUAUUCAAGAAGCUGUUACGCAUGUUGAAUUCUUACAAGUUCACAGUCAUGUAACAGCAUUGGGGGUUUUAACAUUGGCAAUGUGUAUAAUGGCCAAUAAUCUUGAAGAAUGUAAGAGAUCCAUUCUAUACAUUCAAAAGACACUUGGUAUUCCAGCUCCCCAGGCUUUUGCUGCCGCUCGAUUACUAUGCACUAAGUGUCAAGAAGCGAAAGAGGCUUCUUCCUCCCAUGGUAUUCAUGAGGAUAUUCCAGAGAAUAUUUUUGAACGACUGGAGGGAUGUUUAGUAGGGAAUACAGUGUAG